GAUCAUGGGUGACUGGAGCUUUCUGGGUAAUAUUUUAGAGGAAGUUAACGAGCACUCUACGGUGAUCGGCCGGGUGUGGCUCACGGUGCUCUUCAUCUUCCGUAUCCUCAUCCUGGGCACGGCGGCGGAGUUUGUGUGGGGCGAUGAGCAGUCUGACUAUGUCUGUAACACGCAGCAGCCCGGAUGUGAGAACGUGUGCUACGACGAGGCCUUCCCCAUCUCCCACAUUCGCCUGUGGGUGCUCCAAAUCAUCUUUGUUUCCACACCGUCUCUGGUAUACGUGGGUCACGCUGUGCACCAUGUCCACAUGGAGGAGAAACGCAAGGAGCGUGAGGAGGCAGAACUUAGCCGGCAGCAGGAGCUGAGCGAGGAGCGUCUUCCUCUGGCACCCGACCAGGGAAGUGUCCGCACCACUAAGGAGACCAGCACAAAGGGAAGCAAGAAGUUCAGGCUGGAGGGCACCCUGCUGAGGACCUACAUCUGCCACAUCAUCUUCAAGACACUGUUUGAGGUAGGCUUCGUGGUGGGCCAGUACUUCCUGUACGGCUUCCGCAUCCUGCCGCUGUACAAAUGCAGCCGCUGGCCCUGCCCCAACACGGUGGACUGCUUUGUGUCUCGCCCCACGGAGAAGACCGUCUUCAUCAUCUUCAUGUUGGCUGUGGCCUGUGUCUCACUCUUCCUCAACUUUGUGGAGAUCAGUCACCUGGGCCUGAAGAAGAUUCGCUUUGUCUUUCGCAAGCCGGCCCCAGCCCCAGCCCAAGGUGAGGGCUCGGCCCCCCUGCCGCCACUACUAGGGAAGAGCCUGCCCCCCCUGGCUGUGCCCUCCCUGCAGAGAGCGAAAGGUUACAGGCUGCUGGAGGAGGAGAAAGCUCCCGUAGCUCACCUCUACCCACUGGCUGAAGUGGGCAUGGAGGCUGGCAGAGGGGCCCCACCCUUCCCGGUGCUGGAGGAGAAGGGGGAGGAGGUGCUGCCCAUGCAGAACAUCUCUAAGGUGUAUGACGAGACUCUACCCUCCUAUGCCCAGACCACUGAGACAGCGUCGGUGACUUUACACGAAGAGGAGGCCGAGGAGAUGCAGCCGGCAGAGAUCGAAGCCGAGAGAGCGGAGGAGGUUGUGGAUGAGGAUGUGGAGGUAGAGGAGGCGGCGAACGAAGAGGGGGUACCUCCAGCGGAGGCAGGGAUGGAGGCCACGGAUACGAUAGAAGACACCAGACCGCUGAGCCGACUGAGCAAAGCCAGCAGCAGGGCUAGGUCAGACGAUCUCACCGUAUGA